AUCCUGAGUACUGUAUUUCUGAACUGCUUCUUUAUUUAGUUCAGUAUAAAUUUAUUCAUAGUUAGCUAAGCGUUGAAAAAAGUGAAAUGUCGCGUGGCUCUUCUCCCCCGGCGAAGAAGCUGAAGCUUGGGGAAUCACGGCCAGGUGGUUUCCUGAUACAGGAAAUAAGCGAAAGUCGCCGAAAAGUUGGCAAAUCGGUGUUGGACUUCAAAUUUAACAAGGGAAGAGUCAAGAUUUUGACCAAAGCAACUGAGGUGCCAGAAUGGGCCAAGGGUAUCGUUUACUGGAUGUCGAGAGAUCAACGCGUGCAAGAUAACUGGGCAAUGCUGUUCGCUCAGAAGUUGGCGCUUAAACACAAGUUACCUCUUCACGUCUGCUUUUGCCUCGUCCCGAAAUUCUUGGAUGCAACCAUCCGCCAUUUCCGCUUCAUGCUGAAAGGUCUUCAGGAAGUUGAGAAAGAAUGCCGGGAGCUGGAAAUUCCGUUCCAUUUGCUGCCUGGUCAAGCGAAUGAAGUUUUAGUUAAUUUCGUGAAAUCAAACAAGAUCGGUGUUGUUGUUACCGAUUUUGCGCCGUUACGUGUCCCCUUGAAGUGGGUUGAUGAUGUGAAAAAUAAUGUGCCACGCGACGUGAGUGUCGUUCGCGUCGAUGCUCACAAUGUUGUACCAGUGUGGAUUGCUUCGGAAAAACAAGAAUACGCCGCUCGUACAAUUCGCCCGAAGAUCCACCGAAAUCUGGAUUCGUACCUAACGGAAUUCCCGCCCAUCCAGAAGCAUCCAUAUCCUCCUGUCGUAAAACCUGAGGCCAUCGAUUGGGAAAAUGUGGAGAAUAAUCUGGAGGUCGAUCGCAGCGUUGAAGACGUGGAAUGGGCUGCUCCAGGCACACAAGCGGGACUGAAGCAACUCGAAAGCUUUAUUUUGAAGAGACUGAAGUACUAUGCGGAUAAGAGGAACGAUCCGAAUGUAAAAGCACUUAGCAACUUGUCUCCCUGGUUUCACUUCGGUCAAAUCUCCGUUCAGCGAGCGGUUUUAGAAGUCAAAAGACACGGGAAGUCGUUCCCGAAAGCUGUGGAAGGAUUUGUCGAAGAAGCUGUUGUUCGACGAGAAUUGGCAGAUAACUUUUGCUUCUACAAUCAGAAGUACGAUCGCAUUGCUGGUGCCUAUGAUUGGGCGAGACUCACUCUCGAAGCGCACAGAAAAGACGUGAGGGAGUUCUUGUAUACUAAGGAAGAGUUUGAUGAUGCCAAGACCCAUGACGACCUCUGGAAUGCUGCGCAGAUUCAACUCAAGCAAGAAGGGAAAAUGCACGGCUUUCUUCGGAUGUAUUGGGCGAAGAAAAUCCUCGAAUGGACGGAGUCACCGGAACAAGCGCUCGAGUUUGCGAUUUAUCUGAACGACCGAUACAAUUUGGAUGGCAGGGACCCGAAUGGAUAUGUUGGUUGCAUGUGGUCUAUUUGCGGGAUCCACGACCAAGGCUGGGCUGAGCGGAAGGUGUUCGGCAAGAUCCGUUACAUGAAUUACAAGGGCUGCAAAGGCAAAUUUGACGUUGCCGCAUUUGUCGCCAAAUAUCGUGCGAGGGCGUACCCGUACAAGAAAAAGUAAGCUGCCGGAAAUCAUUUCAGCGGUUUUUCGUUUUCGACGAUUUUCGCGUUUUUUAAAAUGCCUCCUUUUCUGACAUUUGAAUCAAAAUAGGUCUAUAUCUAGAGGCCUUUUUUUUAAUUCAUUUUUGAAACGGACGACCAAAGAGAGAAAAAUUCAGGGCUAUCAAUCCCUGUUCGUCGGAACAUAAAAGAAAAUAAUCAUAAGCGUGGAACUCGCAGAUCUUAUUUCCAGCGAUCAUUUUCGUAAUCCCACUUCGACCCCACGCCGGUGACUACGUCAGCAAUUUGCAAGUCUAGUGCCUUCCUCAGUUGUAAGGCUUUGGCCUCUGGCUUAGUUGACUCUGGCAAAUCGUCGUAAACGAACACCUUCAUGAAGAUACAGAGCCAUAUCCCCAAGGAGGACAAAAGCAAGCCUGUUCCAAUGAUGCUCUUCCAAUCCCCAGUUGGAGCGCGAACUUCAGCAAACGUUUGACAGUAGGAGUAACGGUAGAGUUUCUUUUUUUCGUCUAUGGUCAGCUCCUUCCAGUCUCCUUUCUCUUUCUUCCGAACGGUAUCGAACUCAGCUGUUGGUCGCCGGAAGCUUUGAAAAAUAAGAGUUUGCGUAAGAUCAUUUAAGACACUUCGAAUAUAAAUUUUGCGCGUUUUCGGAAUAUUUUAUUUUGACAAGGUGAUAUUGCCCAGUUAACUGAGUAAAUGAAGUUGAUUAUUAAAGAAAAGACAUGAGAAAGUGCCGAAGUUUUUAAAUGAUGUAUAUCCAUGGCUUAAAUAUUGAAUUAUACAGUAGCUUGAUAAAUGUAAGAUCCCGUAAAGCAUGAAGCUGCCUCGAAUGUUAAAUCGAACAUAUUUUCAAGUUUGAAUCUGAUGAUGCUGUGAAUUUCUGAAUAAACUGCUGUGCGACACCGUUUAUGCUACUUCGAAUCAUCCCCUUCAUUCCUUCCAUUAUAUCAUGACUCAACUAUGUCAGCAGAAAUAUCAGAUGCAGAAUAGUGAACUACGUAGUCCGUUAUUAAGAGCUUCGCGUUUGGUUUUUUAUUUCCGGAAUUCCUGCGUCCCAGUGCGGAAAAUGAGUUUAACCGCUUCAAUGAAGUGCUGGUUAAAAAUCUGCUCCCUACGUCCUGGAAUUAAAUUUAGCAGAAAUUUUCAGAAAAGUCAUCAACAGUUAUUCAUGAAGUAGGAAAUACUCGAGGAAUUGAGAUUUAUUCAGAUGUCUGAUACUAUAAAAUUAAUUGCAUAGUUCUUCGGGUGUGAUUGAAUAUUUGCGUGAUUCGUGCGUCUCAGGGAGGAAAUUCAGCUGGAAAUGGGUUACCUUGCAAUGCAGUGCGGGUUGAAAAUCUUUCAGAUGCCUCUGAUGUCGUAAUAUUAUGAGUGGGUGUUUCAAAACUAUCAAAAGAGGACUUGAUGUUUGUGAGGGAGCAGAGGUAGUCAUGCAGGCUUGAUGAAAGAAAUUAACUAAAGCUAAAAACGUGGAUAUCUUACCGAACCGCUGGGAAAGGAUGGACAUAAUUGUCCAAAUAGUGUUUGGAUCCGUUCUGUCCAUAACCGACCCACUCCCUAUCACCAGUCUUAUCUACAGCCACCGGGGACACGUCGGAAGCAUUCCUGCUCGACCGCGUGUAAAGAAUCGGGUAAAUACCUCGUUGGCUGGCCUUGGGCGCCAAAAUGGACCCAAGUUUAAGGGCCAUAAAGAACGUCGAACGGGGAACAGCUAAUCGAUCAAAUGGAUAAUCACACGGAAUUUGUUAAGGUUUCGAGUAAAUUUACGGGUCCUUACGGUUUUCCUGGAAAGUAUGAAAUCCGAAAAAGAACACCUUCACAAUUGCUCGAAAGAGACUUUGAGCUAUUACCUGUCAGUUCUCUCGCAUGUUUUCCAGAAACCCUGUGAAGGUUAUUUUAUAUCUUCAUAUGGCUCCGAGAUCUCGCCAUUAUUCUAUAUCUGUGUUGUGAAAGAGAAGAUUUUUCGGAAGAAUCUCAAGAGAAAUGGGGAAAUCGGUUGUCGCAAGAGUAAUAAAAUGCUCAAUGUUAUUUCUUGACGAGUUUCUUUUGUCUAUUAUUCUCAUAUUCGUGCAUUCGAAUCGCAUUCAUGAGAUUCUUUUCGCAGACAUUUCUGAGACCAAGAGUUUGUGACGUUCGAUUUCCCGGUGCAGCAUUUAGAUGGCUUUUGGUGGUCGCGGUAACAUCCGAGGGUUUCGACCCACGUACGUUUCAGCGAAGACUGAAUCUACUUCUCCGGCUGCAAAAGCCUUGUCUCUUUCACAACUAUUUGAAGCCGAGCGAACGAAGGCAGCGAGAGAUGCUAGUGAAUUUUCUUUCAACAUGAAGCGAAUACAAAUCGUGAAAAGGUCCCAGAGAAGCUCGUCUGUCAGGAAUGGCGUUGUUUACUGGAUGUCCCGCGAUCAACGCGUCCAGGACAACUGGGCUUUUUUAUAUGCUCAACGAUUGGCGUUGGCUCAGAAAAGCCAACUGCAUGUUUGCUUCUGCCUGGUGACGAAGUUCAUGGAUGCCACCAUACGUCAUUUCCGAUUCAUGUUGGGAGGCUUGAGGGAAGUGGAAGAAGAAUGUCGAAGUUUAAAAAUCCCUUUUCACGUUUUACUGGGCGAAGCGAAGUCAUCAUUAAUUGAGUUCGUGGAAGAACAUCAACUUGGGACAGUCGUCACGGAUUUCUCCCCGCUUCACGUGCCGAUGUCGUGGGUGGAAAAUGUGAAAAGCUCGUUGCCCGACGAAGUUGACUUGAUUCGAGUCGAUGCCCAUAACGUUGUCCCUGCGUGGGUCACGUCAAACGGAAUGGAACCUGCUGCCUUCAAAAUCAGAGCGAAGUUGGAGCCAAAACUGGACGAGUUCCUCACCCAGUUUCCUCCAGCCAUCAAGCAUCCGUUUAAUAUUGGUCCCUUUCCGAAAGAUGUCGAGUGGGAGAAACUAGAGGCUGCGCUGGAAGUGGACAGAAGUAUUGAUAGUGUUGAAUGGGCAAAACCAGGAACCCGAAGUGGGUUGAAAACUCUUGAAAAUUUCAUCGAAAAGCACCUCUCGAUCUAUGGAGAAAAGCGCAAUGAACCGAACGUGUGCUGUCAAAGUAAUCUUUCACCCUGGUUUCAUUUCGGCCAAAUUGCACCGCAAAGAGCGAUUCUUCAGGUGAAGAAAUACGAGAAUAUUUAUCCGAAGUCCUACGCGAGCUUCAUAAAUGAAGCCCUGGUUUGGAGAGAGUUGGCGGAAAACUUCUGUUUUUACAACAAGAAUUACGAUAAUUUUUCUGGUGCUCCGGGAUGGGCUCAAGAAUCUCUUUUGAAGCACAGCGUAGAUAAACGGCAAUAUCUGUACACGUUGGAGGAAUUCGAAGCGGCAAAAACGCAUGACGAUCUUUGGAACGCAGCUCAAAUUCAAAUGGUUGUAGAGGGUAAAAUGCACGGGUUUCUUCGAAUGUAUUGGGCAAAGAAAAUCCAGGAAUGGACUCCCAGUCCGGAGGAUGCAGUUCGAAUCGCCUUAUAUCUCAAUGACCGCUACAACCUCGACGGACGAGAUCCUAAUGGAUUCGGAGGCGUGAUGUGGGCUAUUUGCGGUGUUCACGAUAGACCAUUUGGUGAGCGACCGGUGACAGGAAGCGUUAGAUGUAUGACUUACUUCGCAUCUCAACGAAAAUUCGACGUUGACGCUUUUGUCAAGCGAUACGGAGCCAAAGUUUAUAAUAAACUUGGAAACCAUUGAAACGGUGCAGCACUCUGACGGCAAAGUUUUGAAGCCGGUCAGUUUGUAUUGGGAGCCUGAAAUAAUAUUUAUUUUUGGAAAAGAGAUUUUUUCCGGAAGACAUUUCUGUAUGUGAUGCAUUUCCAAGAAAGAAAGUUUUGAUUAACCGUGAUCUCUUGUCUUUUCAGAGAUGUGGUGAAGUGCGAGAAG